GCAGUCUGAUCUAAUAAUAUGCGGCCUGAUGUAUGUAUACGAAGACAUAUAUAUCCACGGCCGCCUAUAUAUAGCCAAUUCAAUUCAUGCAAUUCAAAUUAAAGAGAAGGAGGUGAGAUAAGUGAAAAAGGAGGCCGGCCGGCCGGCAGUGAGACACACAUAAAUCAGAGUAGAGUUACGUUGAAAGCUAAGCUAAGCUAAGCUAAGCUGGUAGCAGGCCGGAUAGGAUGGUAAAAGUAGAGUUGUUGUUGUAUUUGAUUGUUGCAUUGAUGAUUUUGAGAGUAGGUGGAGAGGGUGCAAGCUUAAGGAUAGAGAUGACGGAGGAGGAAUUACGAAGGGAGGCGGACCGGGUUAUGGGACUUCCUGGGCAACCGCCGGUGGAGUUCAAGCAGUACGCUGGAUACGUGACAGUGAACGAGACGCAUGGAAGGGCUCUAUUCUAUUGGUUCUUCGAAGCCACCAAAAAUCCCCACAAUAAGCCUCUCCUCUUGUGGCUUAACGGAGGGCCAGGGUGUUCAUCAGUAGGGUACGGCGAAGCAGAGGAGCUAGGACCAUUCUUCCCACAAAAAGGAAAGCCUGAGCUCAAGUUCAAUCCUCACACUUGGAACAAAGCUGCGAACUUGCUGUUUGUGGAGUCCCCUGUGGGUGUGGGAUUCUCAUACACAAAUACUAGUCGUGAUCUCAAGGAGCUGGGCGACAGCAUUACUGCCAAGGAUUCGUACGCGUUUCUAGUGAACUGGUUGAGAAGGUUCCCACAAUUCAAGUCCCAUGAUUUCUACAUUGCUGGAGAAAGUUAUGCAGGGCAUUAUGUUCCACAGCUAUCAGAGCUCAUAUUUGACAACAACAAACUUGUCCCAAAAGAGGAUUAUAUAAAUUUCAAGGGAUUCAUGAUAGGGAAUGCCCUGAUGGACGAUGAGACAGAUCAGAGAGGAAUGAUAGACUAUGCAUGGGAUCAUGCGGUGAUUUCAGAUGGUCUAUACCAUGACAUAAAAACCACAUGCAAUUUCAGUGUUUCAAAGCCUUCAAAUUCAUGCAACACCUUCCUUGAUAAGUACUUCGACGUUUAUAGCAUCAUUGACAUGUACAGCUUGUACACUUCCACCUGCCCCGACUCCAACUUUAGCACCACUCCGCAUCAUGUUCCUGUUAUACGAGGCCUCGCUCCUCUACUCUUUUCCCAUUUCGAUGGGUGGCACAAGAGACCAACGGGCUAUGACCCAUGUGCGUCGGACUAUACAGAGGUGUAUAUGAAUCGUCCAGAUGUUCAGAAAGCUCUUCAUGCCAAUACCACUGGAAUUCCCUACCCAUGGACUCACUGCAGGAGUGACAACACCACAUCGUGGGGCGACGCACCAGCUUCUAUGCUGCCUACACUCAACAAACUAAUAGCUGGUGGUGUGCGUGUCUGGGUAUACAGUGGAGAUACUGAUGGAAGAAUUCCAGUGACUGCAACAAGGUAUACGUUGAAAAAGCUGGGAUUGAACAUCAUCCAAGAUUGGACUCCUUGGUACACUGACAACAAACAGGUUGGAGGGUGGACUAUAGAAUAUGAAGGAUUGGUAUUUGUGACAGUAAGAGGAGCUGGGCAUCAAGUUCCCACCUUCAAGCCAAAGCAAGCACUUCAGUUACUCGCUCACUUCUUGGCCAACCACAGUUUGCCAUCUUCACCUUAUUAAUUUGCAUUUACCCAAACCAAACGCACAUCAAUUAUAUAUAUACAUAUAUAUAUUACUUAUAAAUAAUUACGGAUCGGAGUAUUUGUUUUGUUACCAAUUACUUGAAUAGAAGGUAAUGUAAUAAUUUAAUAAAUACAUCAGACAUCAAAUUUAUAUACAUAAUAAUCAUUAUUUUACCA